CCUCAAAAGAUUGCACAUCAAAGAGCAAACACUCAGGUUCGUGCACACUUUUUCUCAUUGCGAGUCGUCGCAACUUGGAAUGCUCUCCCAGCCGAGGUAGUUACAGCCCCCUCAGUGGACUGCUUUAAGAAGAGACUUGAUAAUCACGUACUCACAUGCGGACUAUCAUCUCCCUCUUGGACAAGCUGUGCCUGAUGCAUAUCUUGAGACCUGCUAGUUGUUACCAUUGCCAUCUCCUCAGAUCACUUAAUUAAUCUAUCUCGCCUAUUCCUCUCCCUUGCUUACACUUCGGUCCUCUCUCACAAUCUUCACUACCAAUUAAUAAACUAAAUUCAUCUAUAUAUUACUCAGUUCUGAAAUUUUACUCAUAUUAUCAUUUUAAUUUACCCUUAUUACCCUUAUUACUCUCCACAUUGCAACUAACUGAUCUCCGGUUUGGUAAUGUGACGGCUGCUAGUAUCCAGAAACCCUACUGCCCUGAAACAAACGUUUCAUUCAAAUCCCGAGACAUACAAACUCACAACCAACUGCCAACUGACUAGAAUUAGACAGUCGAGUGGCUAGACCUCCAUCCAUUGGACAUUACCGAACACCUGGAACCGUACCGAAAGAACAAGAAUCGAGCGCGAAGAAAUCAAAUUGGUUUACACUAGCUCGUGAAAAAGAUAUUGGAUAUUGGAUGGCGCAAUUAGCAAACUCCUGCGAUUCACUAUCAGCUUUAUUCCUAUUGGCUAGGGAUCAGCUUUGUUUUUUUUUCAGCCAUUAAAAGGAUCUUUGAAGUUUGUCCGUAAAGCUUUUUAUUCAAUCAAAUGAACAGCUCCUAAGUCGCAUUUCGGUCUGGAUUUCCUCGUCCGUUAUGUUAUCCACGGGGAACAAUUGAUUCAAAAUCCUGGAGAUAUCAUUAUUAUGCAUAGACUAGUAAUAAAAUUAUAUAAUGGUCGAAAUCAAGGCUGUGGUUAUGGUGCAACAGGUUUCAGUGCAGCUGUAUUUUCGGGUGUUCAUUUGGAUCCGUUGGUCCCUUUUAAAUCAAAUACUCGAUGCAGUUUUGGCGAUGAAGAGUUGAAAGUGAUAGAGUACCUAAGACAAUGGUUUAUCUCUCCUAACUGCCCAGUUGAAAGGGAAAAUGUAUUAAAUUCAUUAGAACAAAAUGGUAAUGAAGUAAACCCAACUAGCGCAUCUGGAAUAAGAAGGCUGUGUCUUUUAAAUGGAGAAGAAUAUUGCACAAUUGAAGGACAGAUUAUCAGUAUUUAUAAUUCUGUGGAAAUUGAUAAUCGUAUUGUUCUAUAUAUCUGGGAUGGGCCACAAUCCAACAAUGAACAAAAUGCCGUUUUUAUUGGUCUUCCUCAAGAUCAACUACUACAAUUACUUCCUUAUUCUCAACAUGAUCCACAUCUUGCUGCAUUGACAGGGCAUAAUUUACAACAAUGGAAUGAAAAUAUUGUGAAAAAUUCUGAAGCAUAUAUUGACAAAGAUAAAUCGUUCAAGUCAAAUUUACCAGAAACUUUUAAUGAUUGGUCUGUUCCAGUUUCCAUCUAUGAUGAAUAUGCUAUUAGUGAACCAAUGCCUAGCCUUAAACCUGGUGAUUUGAUACGCAUUCAUAAUGUACAUGUUUGCUGUAGUCGAAAACUGGAUCAUCCUUGCAGUUUACAAUUAAGAUUACAUGGUAAUGGUCAAAAAUAUGGACGUGGAAUAAAAUAUUUAGGUAAUAAAUGUUUACUAACAAAUUAUUUGAAUGAUACAUUAUUAACUGAAGAAGACAAUGAAAAUAUGUUUGACGAUGCAAAUAGAUAUGGUCUACUGGACAAUUUAAAAAAUGGGAUCAAUUUAAGACCUCCAUUAUUGAAACCAAAAUGUGAACUUUUACCGUUUGAGCUACAAUAUCCUCUAACUAUCUCACAAAUACGCAAUAUUCCAGUGAUGAUUAAUGAAAAACGAAGGCAACUCAAUGGUUGGGAUUUAUUAUAUCCUAUGCAAACAGAAUUUGUACCAUCUAUUCCUUCUAACAGUUGGCUAGUUUGUACUACUGAUCUACCACCCAGUGCAUCAGAUUUCAAUGUUGUUUAUGCCCGAUUAUGUGCUCGAGUAAUCGAUGUUGCCCCAUUGAAUGUUGAAACAUUAAAAGAUUGCUUAUUAUUAACAUGUAGUAAUUGCUCCUUUUCAAUUAGAGCUUCCAGUAUCUCUGAUGACGAUGAAGCACUAUGCGAAUGUGGUUCUUGGUAAGUUAACAUAUUCUAUAUUCCUAAUUUAUGCUGAAGCUUAUCCGUUCUUCCUUUCUUUUUCCUUCAUUUAGAAGAUCCAUCUGGUAACUUAAUUUUAAAAAUCACUGGUCGUAAUGUUGUAUACCUGAUUAAUAAUUUAAUUGACGACGAUAUUAGACCAUGUAUCAAUAAUGAUGCAUGGUGGACAGGACUAAUAUUUGAGUUGAAAGAAUUACAGAAUAUUGGCAUAUCCCCAGACAGAGUAGUUUUGGAACAAUGUCAUCGAUUAUUAGGUCAGUGGAUCGAUGUUGCAGUUAAAAUAAGUUGGUCAAAAGAAUCCAUUCCUGAUACUCAAAACAUUGUAAAUGACAAUGAUCUCCAAUUCCAUAUUACUAAUUGGGAAUUUGUAUAAGGAUACCUAUGUAAAAGUUACUGCACGUGAAAAUUUCACCUAAACCAUGCAUUUCUUUGCUUUUGUAUGCAUCUUUUGCCGUUGUGAAUAAACAUCCAUAUAAGUU